AUGCCUGAGGCCACAUCUUUUGUGGAAUUAAUAUUUGAAACUCUGUCCGGGGCUUUCAAGAAAAAAGACGAGGUACAUCAUCAUCAUGAAUAUGCCUUUUUAACAAUAACGAUAAAUGAAUUUAUAAGGCGAGAAGACCUCAAGAAACCACCGAGUUUAUUGGAAAGGCCACCUCCCUUAAAACUAUAUAUUUAAAAAACACGUGCUUGGCCACAAAUUCAGGGAAUAUCCUAGAAUUUGCGUCUUUAGGCUAAGAAGAAUUGACGCUCGAGUGACUGUUACAGGAAGAAAGUUCCAAAUUUUAGGACCUUAGUGGAGAAUUGCAAUUUCUUGAGACUUGCACGACACAAAUGCGGUCGGUAAAAACUGACUGUAAUGGUACCAUACUGGUAUAUUUGACUAUUUAUUACGAAGAGAUUGAGAGGCAAUGGAGGCUAUAGGUCAUUUUUAUCAUAAAACAUAAAUUUGUCGGUUUCAAACACAUUUCUUCAGAAAAUAUUAAAAAACUCCUGGGUUGGAGAAUAACGGAGCAGAACGAUCUCGUUGGUCUGACUUGCUAAGUGCAUGGUUCCGUACACAGAAAACUGAGUAAUCAUGAAGAUUCCUUUCCUCUAAAUGGUGAGCCACAGCGAAUGAGGUUUUGAAAUUUUUUCGAUUUCUUUGGCAGGUAUCAGAGGUUUUAAAAAUGUUCGAAUUGUCAAACGAAUCCAUCCAAGAGAUUAUGAAUCUUCUACGAAAAGACUUCGACAAUGGUCUCUCUGCUAGUGAAAAUCAGCGAGCGGAGAGCUCUGUCAAAAUGCUUCCUACAUAUGUGAGGGCAAUUCCAAGUGGCUCAGAAUCUGGUGAUUUCCUAGCUGUGGAUCUUGGUGGAACAAACUUCAGGUUGUUAUCAAUCUCCAUACGAAAUGGCCAAGUCAAAGAUACAAUUGAAAUCCCACCGUUGACUCAGACAGUUAAAACCAGUGACGCGGAAACGUUUUUUGAUUACAUUGCUCAUCACAUUUCACUCUUUGUGAAAAAACACGACCUCUCUGACAAAUCACUGCCGCUCGGAUUUACGUUUUCUUUUCCAGUCAAGCAAUCAUCACUCAUAUCAGGGUCGCUGAUCAGAUGGACUAAGGGAUUUUCUGCCUCCGGAGUGGAAAACGAGGAUGUUGUCAAACUUCUCAGGGAGGCGCUUGUAAGAAAUGGAAUGGUAAGUUAAUUUUAUCGAAACAUUAAAAAUUACUAUGGCUUUUCUUGUGAUGGAUUUAAGUAAUAUACUAAUAUAAUUCUAGCACUUUUAUCUCCCCUCCCCCCCCCACUCCCUCCUUCGUUUACUGAUGGGGGAGAGGAGGGGGUAAAACAUUGUCGGAUUGUGGUGGAAACCCAAACGUGUUGACAUUGCAUUGACAUGUAAUAAUAAAAGGCCUUAAGGCUACGUGCAAAAAGAAAAUGGGCCCACAUUAAAACUAAUCAUGCUAGAGACGAACAGACAUGUAUAUGAUCUCCAUAAAACGAAUAUCUAUUCCUUUAUUGAAUUAAAAAUUGGAUUUCAUGUUACCGUGCGUCUGAUUACAUUCAGAUGUUUUUACUAAGAACAUCACUGAAUCCCAUGAAGCAGAUGGCCCAAAUGUUCCCUUCUUGUUCUCAAAUUUUAGCACUAUCUAUGAACUAUGAUUAUAAAAUUUAAUUUGAUUAUAAAGAAAUAACGAGCUACAGUCGAACAUCAGGGGGAUGUCCCCCCCCCCAUAAGGAAACAUGUACGUUAUAAGAUUAUACCCGUGGGAUACUUAGAAGUUCAAGUAUGAUGUCUGGUUUAUUGACGGCACAAAGAACUACGAUUUUAAUUUGUUCAAACUGACUUCAUUAAUGAACGUGUGGUAAUGGGCUUCCUGUGGUAACGUCUUUUCUAGGUAAGCUUUGCUGCUAUCAAUAGUGAAUAUAUCUCAAGGGCUGGGGGAAUGGGGAAGUUUGGCUUUAACUGUAAAGAACAGCAGACAAGCUUGAUUUUAAUCUCACUUUGAACAGUCAAUAACAAAUGCUAAAGAAAACUAUUUUGAUUAUAUUGCCCCUGCAGAGUUCCACAGUGGAUGUUGUUGCCCUUGUCAAUGACACCACAGGCACAAUGAUGUCUUGUGCAUUCGAGAACCCUUUAGUCAGCGCUGGUCUUAUCUUGGGCACUGGAACAAACGCUUGCUACAUGGAGAGCCUUGAUAAUAUUCCUAAAUGGGACGGUGAUCAAGAUGAACCACGACAAGUAAUCAUCAACACAGAGUGGGGUGCGUUUGGCGACAAUGGCUCGUUGGAUCAUCUUCGCACAAAGUACGAUGAACAACUUGACAGAGAAUCCAGUAACCCUCGUGAGCAGAUGUAAGUAGUAAAUGUUUAAAUAGAGCGCUUUUCGAUGGAGUGUUGUGAAACCAAAACGAAGGUAAUCACAACGGCCAAUCAGAAGAAAGCAAAUUACCUUUAAGAGCCAAUGAGAGAUCAAAAAUGAAAAAAAAAGCAUUAACUGUCUAAAGCGCGGGAAAACGCGAGCGACCAAGUCGUGAUUGGUUUUAGUCUGGCAUCUGAUUGGCUAAGAAAGUGUUUUAAGUUUUACGGACCAAUCAUAUAGCAAGUAAAACAAAACGUAAUCUCGAAUUACUUUCGACGCUCAAUUAAAAAUUGUCUUAUCACAGUAAUCGAACAAACAGCUUUUUUGCUCUGCUUUCCAAACAUUACUGUAGGGUUUAGCAGAAAGUUUUUUAAUUCUAUGCAAACAUUACUUCUUUUACACAGAUUUGAGAAGAUGAUAUCUGGUAUGUAUCUUGGUGAACUUGCCAGAAUCGUUUGCAUGGACCUGGUCGAAAAGAAACUCCUCUUCAAAGGGCAAGUUACAGAAAAAUUCAGGAGAAAAAACAGUUUCCCUGCUGAGUUUGUUUCUCUGGUUGAAAGGUAUUUGAGCUAGAGUAGAGAAAAACUUUGUUUUAUUAAAUUUACGUUGACUAUUUCAAUCAUUAUAACUUAUAAUAGUAUACAUGAUAGAAUAAUAAUCUCCAUGAUCAAUAAGAACAACUCCUAAUUCUUUCAGUCGAGAUGGGCACAAGAUAGAGGAGGUGCUAAAAGCAAUGGAAGUUGCGAAACAAGCCUCAGAAUCUGACAUCGAAAAUUUGCAGCGAGUUUGUGCUGCAGUAUCCCUGAGGGCUGCUAAAGUAGCUGCAGCAGGGGUGGCCACAAUUGUCAAGGUGUGUGUUACUAAACUGUCAUUCAUCUUCUUGACCCUCGUAAUUUUAAAUUUCAGUUGAAAAUUUGAAUCUUGACGUCUUUAAAGUUUUUUUCUAUGUUGAGUUUUUGACUAUCUGUUUAUUCAUUUAUAAUAAUUUCAUUUGCAUCCCUGAUUACUUCCCGUUAAACUCAACAGACCAUGAACACAGGAUAUGUUUUUGGUACGUUAUCAUGUGAUAAGAAAGCACCAAUCAAAAUUGAGAAAACUAGAAAAGAUAGCCGAUAGUUUCUGGUUCUCAUGGUAUGCCUGUGACACUUUGAUCUCCGAUGCGUGUGGUCACAAUUUGAAGUUUUUUCCGAAUUUGAAAGUAACAAUAAAAUAUGGUCAAUUAGAGUGGUAAAAUAAUUUCUUGCUUUUGUUCAUGUAUUCAUUGAUUUUAAUAGAUAAAGUUUGUGUUCAUUUUGUACACAGAAAACUGGUAACUAUACGACUACGAUCGCCGCUGAUGGAAGCCUCUUUAAGAGACACCCACAGUUCAAGAAUUACAUGCAAGAGACUCUCGCUGAAAUUUUGCCGGAAGCCGACAUCACCUUAAUGCUAUCUGAAGAUGGUUCAGGAAAAGGAGCAGCACUCAUUGCUGCUGUUGCAUCACAAAUGAAAAAACACUGAGUUGUAUUAUCUUUUGUAAUCGAAUAGGAGUCAGAUGGGACAUUAAGCCAGCGGUAUCACUACAAUGGUACAUGGUUAUUAAAUUAAAAGUUUUAGAGACAGUAGCUCAGCCUCGCAUUGGCGUUAUGGUUCAAUUUUAACCUUAGAUUUAAUUUUGUUUUUCUUUGUUUCCACGGAUGAAAUCAGGAAUUGUACGUCCGUUUGUCCGUGUCCUAACACAAAAGUCUCUAAUAAACAGACUGAAAAAUUACUUGUAAACGAUUCCUACUUGAAGUUUAGUCAUGAUCAAGUGCCUUUUGAUAAAUUUGUGAAUGCGAAUAGGUUAACUGUCAACAUUUACAUGUCAGGCAAUGUAACAGGAUGUGAAUAUAUUUUUGCUCAUCAAAAACAAUGGUCGGUCGGGCGAUGAGAAACGAAACAUCUCAUGUGAAUGAUUUAGGAUUUCUUGCAUUGUAACUUAAGUUUUUUUAAAAUCUAAUUUAGUCAAUUAAAGUUGCGAUGUAUCUGAC